UCCAAAACUAAAUAGGUUGCACUCUUUCGUCCCUUCUCCUGUUUGUGAUACUAGCAAUGGCCUCACAUAAAUUUCUUCUGCUCUCUCUCGUCCUGUUGUCCUUCAACCACCUCUUCUGUUAUAGCAAACUGGAUGAAGACAGCACACUUGGCUACCUUGAUGAUAUUUCUUCUUAUGACAUGACUGCAUAUCCAUCGUACUACGCAGUACAUGGAGAAAGAGGUACAAUUGCAUAUCAACCCAAUAGGUUUGUCCUGGAGAGAGUCGCUCGAGUCGCUGGAUUUGGGUAUUCACAAAAAGUGGUGAAUGUGGAGGACCAUGGUGCCAAAGGUGAUGGAACGACUGAUGAUACAGAGGCAUUUGAAAUGGCCUGGAAGGAAGCUUGCUCCUCUUCUACUUCAGCUGUCCUCAUGGUGCCUGAGAACAAGAACUACCUACUUAAGCCAAUCACCUUCUCUGGCCCUUGUAAAUCUGAUGUUUCUGUGAUGAUCAAAGGAACAAUUGAAGCAUCUUCAGACCGAUCAGAUUGGAAUGGAAAGAACGGCAGACACUGGAUCCUAUUCAGUGGCAUCCAAAAUCUUUACGUGGGUGGUCGUGGAAACGUCAAUGGCAACGGGAAGAUAUGGUGGCAAAACUCUUGCAAAAUCAAUAAAUCACUUCCUUGCAAGGAUGCUCCAACGGCCCUGACCUUUUACUCUUGUGACAAAUUGACGGUGGAGAACUUGAACAUUAAAGAUAGCCAACAGAUUCAUGUAUCGUUUGAGAGAAGCACCAAUGUUGAUGUUUCAAGCCUCACCAUCACCGCUCCAGAGUCGAGUCCAAAUACUGAUGGCAUUCACGUUACCGAGACCAAAAAUAUACAGAUAACAAAUUGUGUCAUCGGGACUGGUGAUGACUGCAUAUCUAUCGAAAGUGGGUCUCAAAAUCUGAAGGCUACAAACAUAGUCUGUGGACCAGGCCACGGAAUCAGUAUUGGAAGUUUAGGAGAUCACGGCUCGGAAGCCCAAGUCUCGGAUGUGAUUGUGGACACGGCACAGCUGAAAGGAACCACAAAUGGUGCCAGGAUCAAGACCUGGCAGGGAGGCCGCGGCUAUGCAAAGAAUAUUGUAUUUCAAAAUUUCGUUAUGCAUGACGUGAACAACCCUAUAAUUAUUGACCAAAAUUAUUGUGAUUCAAAAACGCAAUGCAAACAACAGACUUCAGCUGUGGAGGUAAGUAAUGUGAUGUACAAGAAUUUCAAGGGAACAAGUGCUUCGGAAGUUGCUAUCAAGUUUGAUUGCAGCACAACUGUCCCAUGCCAUGGUAUAAUACUGCAAGAUAUCGAUCUAGCUGGAGGAGAUGGGGAUGCUACAACAAGUUUAUGUAACCAUGUAAAUUGGACCAAAAAAGGGAACGUGAUCCCGUUGCCUUGCGCCAAAUGAGGUUACAAGGAGGAAAGCAUUUCCUAGAGCGACAGGUGGAGGGCCUGAUCGUACGACACCUAUCUCAUAGGGGGUGUACCAUCCUCGACCAAUUCCCGAAGAUUACAUACAAUACCCACUUAUAGUUCAUAGAAGAAAAUAAAUUGUUAUUGUUCACACAUAUUAUUGCC